AACUUUCCGAGUUACCUACCGAGUCUACAUGAACUAUAUCGUUUGUGCUAGAGAAAACACAUUGUGGUUAUGUGGUUCAUUCAAUCAGUGCAGCGCGCGGAUUAACGAUCGUAUAAAAUUUCCUUAGGCGCGAAAACGUGAAAAGUUUUACACGAACUCGAACGCUAUGGCAGAAAAGAAGAAACAAUUUGAUGAGUUUUUGGGAGGAUCCGAGUCACUCCCACAUGAAGUAUCUAUUAUGCAAUUUGUCUCUUCACGAGCCCGUGAAAUUUCUGCGAUGACAUCUUCGAUUGAAAAUCCUAAACAAACCAAGUUAAUAUUUCAAAAGCUUCCUAUAUAUAUGCGUAGACGUGUCAUGUCUCACAAUGUUAAAAGACUGCCACGUAGAUUGCGAGAGGCACAUUCAGCACAAAUGGCAAAAUCGGCAAAUGGCCAAAAUUUACCAUCAACGAAUAAACGACCAUCCCGAAAAUAUCGUAGAAGACCACGCAAUUUACUUUCCGAGUACAGUCGCAGACAACGUAAUAAAAUCUGGUUAGAAACUCAUAUCUGGCAUGCAAAACGUUUUCACAUGAUCGACAAAUGGGGAUAUAGAAUUGCAAGUUAUUCAAACGACAAGUGCUUUAGAGCCAAUUACAGAGCUAUAACAAAACACUGUCUUUUACAAGAUAUUUCUUAUUAUACCUGUAUCGAAAUAGUAGGAGAAGAAAGUUUGUUGAAAACAACUUUGAAAACACAUUGUAAUCCAUCGACAUUAACUUUUGCUGCAAAAAUAUACACCAAUGGUCAUAGGGAAGGUACUUUAAUGUUCUUUAAAAAGAAUGGUUAUCCACAUUUUCCUAUUGGUAAUGUGCAUUUUUUUUGGAGGUCAAAUGAGGCAGAUAUUAGAACUAUUUGGAUAUGGGUACAUCCUGCUUUUUAUAAUGAUUUUCUUAAUGAGAUUAUAUCGAGUUUUGAGUUUAAACAGAAUAAUGCUGAACGAAAUACGACCGAUAUUACGCAUGAUUUAAAUUACUUGUACACAAAUGAUGCAGGUUGUAAAAUGAUUGUAUUAAGAAAUGCAUUAAAUAGAUUUCGACUCCACGGGCCACUGGCUUUGAAUGUAUUAAGAGAAGCAUUACAAAUACCAUCUUUAACUGAGCUAGAUUUUGAUCCAGAGAUGAAUCGCAUUAUUACAGAAGAACAAGAUAGCUCGUUAAAUAAUGAAAAAUUAGAGGCAAGUAAGAUAUCAAUAGACAACAAUAUCUCUACGCAACCUAUGGAGAGAAUGGCAAUUGACGAAAGUAAAGAAAAUACCUCAAUUUUCCAAGAUUUGAAUAUACAAGAUCUUGGGAAAAAAUUGUGGCAUACUAAAUAUUAUAAAAAAAGAGAAAAUAUGGAAGCUUUUAAGAUACAGGAGCAGUUGUGGCAAUCAAUGAAGUUUUUGGGAUCACCAAAUUUUCUACCAACAAAUAUGAUUAUUGGAUUAAUCGUUUUAGAUCCACGCUUUUAUUUACCUGAAAAAAGAACGAAAUGUAAAUCAGAGACGUUUUCUCAAUUAAAGUCAGUUUAUCAGCUACCAACUGAUUCAAAUUGUUCUCCUAUUUGGGAUGCACAAAUACGCCAUAUUGUAAGCAAUUCUUGUGUAUCUACAAGCACAAUUAACAAGCUUAGAAGUGAAUGUCUUGUACCUGGUAUGGCAAAUGAUCAAUACUUUAACAAAGACAUAAUGGCAAAAAUACCAAUACUUCUUAUUCAGAAGCCGGGAACUAUUACUGGUUUAGGAUCCAGCAUAGAUAUUAUUAUACCAUCUGGAUGGGCAAUGCCAUUUUGGCUUGCAUUUAUAAUGCGAUGUGCAAGAGUGGGUGCACUUCGAGAAUCCAGAUUGAUAGCUUUUGAAAGUUUACAGCUAAACGUACCCGACAUUGACGAUCCCAACAGUCCCGCUUAUACAAGGGAGGCAUUGAUUUCAAAGGAAGAAUUAAUUAAUAAAUAUUUCUGUUAUCCACCAAAUAGAAGAGUUAACUAUGUCAAAUUUGGCAUUCGUAGCCCUUUCUUCUGCGAUUGGAAAAAUUUAACCAAGGGCUGGUCGGACAUCGAAAAUUUUUAUGUUCUAAGAAACCGCGAACUUUUAUCACUUUUACAAACGGGAAUUCAUCCUGUUAAACCUGUUAAGAAUGCAAAGUCCAAAUCAACUGCCCAAAAUGCACAGUUCAAUUUUCAAGAUUUUGAUGAAUAUAAAAACUGCUUGGUACAUGUCCAAUUAUCUAUGGUAGGAAAAGGAUCGCCGAAGAAGUUCGCGAUCAUAUGCAUACCGACGCACGAAGAUAUGGAAAAGCUUGAAAAUAAUAAAAAGUGGGUUGGUCCUGUCGAAAAAUGUCACACUGAUCCGAAUGAAAAGUCCCGUAAAAUGCUACGUAAAAAUCACUUGGCGCUAUUGAAACGAUUAAGGCGGCAAAGAGUUCAACGAAAGAAGACAUUUCAAGAUAAUGUGUUGAAGUUAUUGAAGAAAUCUAUUGGCAGUUCAAACGCGAUUGAAUAUACGUCGAUUUCAGUACAUCGCAAAAUUAUAUCAAAUCAAUCGGUAAGAAUGUCAAAAUUGUAUCUCCCAGAAUGUACAGAAGUUCGUCAUUCCUGCGAUAGAGAAGUUAUGGGAUAUGUAACCAUAGGUGGUCUUUCAUUCAGCCAUGCAAAAGGUAUUGGCAUUGGGUAUGUCACAUUACCCUCGUUACUCGAAAUUGUUAGUAAAAAGUCUAACAUUGUUCUUGUCAGGAAUACUCAAACACGACAAUACAGAUUAGCAAAAUUAGAUAUAUUAGGUCUUUAAAUCUGCGUGAUUAUGUAUGUAUUUUAUUAAAUACAUGAUACAUCUAUAUGUAAAUAUGUACAAUAUAUAUAUAUAUUUUUUUUAUUGUA